CAUUUCCUGUAAGUGCUUUUCUAUUGUCUGCUGAGCAAAGCGGUUUAUACAAAGCUCUACAUAUGUUCCUACUCUGAUCACUUUAUGCUGUUACGGGGCUUAUUAAUAGCUUAAUAUACAGAAAGUAAAACCUGCACAUAAUUAAAGUUUAUGAGUCCUAUUAUUAAGAGUUGGUUCCAAUACUUUUAUGUUUCUAAAGUAGGCUGUCGUGUUCAUACAGAUAUACGACUCAAAAUUACAACCAGCCUGUUUUUCCUUUUACAACGUGUCAGUGUGACCUCCUCUUGAUGAACAACAGCAAGCUAGAGGUUCUCGAUGUACAAACAUUUCCUCAGGUCAUGUUGGUAUUGUUUCUUGAAGAGCACCGGGACGAACCCCCGGCAUGCUGAACUUGGGAGGGUUAACCCUCGCCUCUGCGCUCCCUCCUCCUUGACGACUACAGGCUGGAGCCACAGCGGCUGUGUGCAGCGCGCACGUUUCCACCAGUCAUACACACACACACAGAGCCGGAGAGAGAUAUAGAGACGGAUUGGGAGAGAGAGAGAGAGAGAGAGAGAGAGAGAGGAGAUAACUGCGUACAAACUCCUGUGACUCCUAACCGGGACCUUUUCCUGUUUCUUUUUUUAUCAGCGAUACUUUGUUUAGUUUUCUUUUUCCUUUCUUACCGGCAUCGCGUCGAUCCAUGGGACUGCAGGUCUGGCCGCCAAGCAAACCGCCACCGUCCUCCAUGGCCUGCCUUGACGUGGAGACCCCCACCGUCUGCAGGGGUAAAUACAAAUCAGUCCUGCAGCUCUGCCUGCAGCAGAGACGCAGCCGGGAGCAGCUUGUGGAACAGGGCAUCAUGCCACCGCUGAAGAUGCCUGCCGCCUUCCACGACCAGAUCCGGCACCUGGAGAGAGCCAGGACAGGGAACUUCUUGAAGCACAAGAUCUGCAACAGGCCGGAGCGAUCGGAGCUGGUUCGCAUGCACAUCCUGCAAGAGACCCAGGCCGUGCCCUCCCUGCAGGCCACCCAGCUGAGACUGAAGCGGGCCAGGCUGGCCGACGACCUGAACGAGAAGCUGGCCCAGCGGCCCGGUCCCAUGGAGCUGGUGGUGAAGAACAUCCUGCCCGUCGUCGACGCCGUUGCUAAGGACGAUCCCCCUGCCGACCAGGGGAAUGACCCUAAAAUACAGGAUGUGUACGAGUUUGACGAGAACAGUACUGACUCCCGACCGGCUGCAGUGUCCGCAGAGCAAACCCCUAAACAAGCACCACAACAAGCCACAACAACCACGUCCGUCCCGCCAAGAGAAGCCGCAAGGACAGAGUCUAGUCCACCUCCUGCCUGCCAAAACCACACCCUGUCGACCGGCUCUCCGCACGCCCCGAGUCCCUCCCCGGAAUCACCCGGCCACGGGUGCACCCCGUCGGAGCAGCAGCCCGGCAAGCAUCUGGCUGUCCUGCCGCCCCUCCCCCCCGCGGCCCCUCCUGUUCGAGGGCCCAUCCUCGUCAAGCAAAGCCAGCCCAGACCCAGCGCCGCCGAGAAGAACCGGGGCAAAAAGGGCAACAAAGACCCCAAGCCGCGAGUGAAGAAGCUCAAGUACCACCAGUACGUGCCCCCCGACCAGAAGCAGGACGCCGGCCACGAAACGCCCCUGGACUCGGCCUACGUGCGUCUCCUGCAGCAGCAGCAGCAGUUCCUGCAGCUCCAGAUCCUGAACCAGCAGCAGCAGCAGCAGCAGCAGCAGCAAAGCUACGUCUGCCAAGCGGGCCCGCAGCCUGCCACAUUGAGCGAUGGCUCGGCGCAUUCCACCCGGACUCCGCCCCCUAGCAUGUCAGAUCACUUGCCCUACAAUGUGGAUGAGAUGAAGGUGGCCGAGCUGAAGGCGGAACUGAAGCUGAGGGGUCUCCUCGUCUCCGGCACCAAGAUCGACCUCAUCGAGAGGCUCCGCAUGCAUCACGACAGGUCAAAGGGCAGCCCGUCGGUUGCCGUCGCCUUGGAUAGGGUCUCACCUGGCGCCGCCACCACCGCCGCCGCCGCCAAUGCUAGGGUACCAAAGUGUGAAAACCCUCCCAGGUCCCCUCCCCCAGUGUCCCCGGUGGCCUUCAAGGUGUCCAGGAUGGGCCUGGAGGAAAGCGGCGGAACGGACUCAGAGACCCGCCCGGCUCUUCCCGCCGGCUCCCCGGGGAAGGAGGCGGCGGCGGGCCCCCUUGGGGGGUUAUGCCGGGGCCUGGAGAAGGACCAGCGGCUCCACGAGAAGGAGCGUCAGAUCGAGGAGCUGAUGAGGCAGCUGGAGCGGGAGCAGAAGCUGGUGGAGGAGCUGAAGCUGCAGCUGGAGGUGGAAAAGCGGGGGGGCCCCCAGGAGGAGAGCGCGGUGGCACCGAGGCGGCGCCACAGCCCCUCGCGCCCCGUUCGGGUGAAACAGGAGUUCUGCGGUUCUCCGGAACACAGGAGCACUCCGGAGCGGAGCCCAGAGCAGAGUCCCCCAAGGCAGUUCUUCUUGGAACAUCAACGGUUGCCUCCGACUCAAACCCUGCAGCCGGGGGGGACCCGACUGCAGCAUCAGGCUGUAUCCGCGGCAACGCUCAAGCUGCCGGACAACAGACAGCACACAGCUGUGACCGGUGGGGCCCCAGACAAUAGCCAGAGUCAAGAACUGAUGCCACAGAAACAUGAAGCCUCUGGUUCCUUGCAACAGCAGUGUCACAGCCCCAGCCCGAGGACACAGCAGAGUCCACUGAGCACCUCCCCAGGCCUUGGCUCCCAGCCGAGGGCCACACAGAGCCAAGCUGCAGAAGACACAGCUCAACAAUUACUCAACACUGCCCCUAAUCAUCUACAGCCAACCAUGGCCUUGAUGUCCAAAUUUAAAGACCCACCACGCUAUGAGGACGCUGUCAAACAGACCCGCUGCAGGCAAACCGCUAUGCAGGUCCCCACCACUCUCAGCCAACACAUGGAUGACCUGUUUGACGUCUUGAUUGAAAGUGGAGAAAUCACCCCCUUCAUCAGACACGAUCCCUCGUGCCCGGACAAGCUCACCCCAGUGACGGCCAAUGUCACCACCCUGCCCAUCAACACGGUGUUGUCCCGCCCCCCGGCUCAGAUCCAAGUGGCGCAGCCCCCGGGCGCCGCCGCCGCCCUCAACCCCUCGUCCAGCUUGAUGGCCUUGGUAACCAUGGAGACGAUGAUGGAAGGCACGCUGCACAAACAGCUGCUGGAGCAUCCGCUGGUCAGUAACAUGGAGCUGGACUUCAGUGACGACAACAACACGCUCCCCUCGGCGGGCCAAAUGCACAACGCCCAUCUGGACACGAUGGACUGGUUGGACCUCACCACCUUACCGUCGCACGGCCACGAGGACGCAGGCACUCACCUGGGAAUGUCCCCUGAAUCAGGGGUCUUCUCCUCCGACUUCCUGGAAUCCCCGGAAUUUCAGUUGAACUGGGAGUAAGGCCACUUUGUUGUUGUUCCUGGUCACGUCCUGGUUAUUUAUGACGAAAAAAGUUUGUACUUUUCCAGAAAAACUUUUCCAGUGUGUAGCUUUGUUUUCCCGAGCAUUCAUGCUAACUCUAACUGGCUAUUUGUUUCUAGCUUCAAGCUAGCUUUACCCAGUGUUGUCUAUAAGGUGUAGUAAGCAGUUGUAUUAUUCCAUGGGAUGGGAAUACAAUUGGGUGUUUUGUGUUUCACAACUCAGUUGUUAAACUUUGAACAAUUAUUUCAGAAUUGUCAGCUGAAAUGCUGGGUUGGAAAUGACUAGUACUUACAAGUAUUUUGACUUGUUCUCUUCUACAUUUCAGAGCAAACAUUUUUCUUUUGCCUUUUGUAUUAUUGGGAGGCUUUUUUAUACCUGCUCAACCAUCAAAUUUGUUAUUGUUUUUCUGCUAAGAAUAGCAGGAAACUAUUAAGCCAACCUAAACUGGAUAACUUCAUAUUCGGGUUGUGAAUGUGACUUCACACUACGUGGAAAGAUAUACAGUAUUUUUACUUUUUAUACAUUUUUCAUAACGACAUACAUGCAUACGUACAUUUGAUAUUGUAGAGCUUUUUUUUUUUGUAGAAAGUUCAGUGAAAUACUUUUAUGACUAUUAUGUACAAAAUGUUUUUACAUGCAUUACAUUUUUGACUUCUGCUCCAGUAGUUUUUCCACCACCUCUCAACUUUGACCUAUACCACCUGGUAUCCAACCAUUGUCAUCUUUAUAUUUUACUGUGUUUCCUCUAAUGUCUAAAUAAUCCUUCCGGUAUUGUAAAAAAAAAAAAAAAAUGGUACAAAAUGGGGUUAAUGCACUUUUCAGCGGAUGUGUGCUGAAGUUUUGUUUUUGUCAAAAUGCAGUCUGCACUAGCAGCACUACGGCUAUCUGAAUAUACACGAUACAGAAACUAAUAAAGACAAAAAAUGUUAAUUUCCAAACAUAUGUAAACAUGUCCCUCAUAUUUACUUACAUUUAAAAACUGCUUUUAAAAUAAGCUGAAAAUAAAUAAAAUUUAGAUCUAAAUAAGAAUCCCUUAUAAACACUUAACUAAUUAAUAAUAAUACAUUUUACGUCUUUCAAGUCACCAAAGGUCCCCUAAUUGUUAUUGGUAUCAUUAAUUAUUAUUAAUGUCCCAUUGCCACUAUCAAAUUUAAAUUGACACUCGUAACAUUAAUAUUUAUUUAGAUUAAGUUAUUCAUAGAAUAAAGGCAUCACUCAAUGGGAGCAUAGUUAUUAGUGACAAUUUCUGAAUGUUCUUUAUUUUGCCGAAUGGAUUCUCUAGGUUCGAUUUGAUUAAAUCUUGAUUUGUCUUAACUGAAUAGUUGUGUUAUAGAGACAUCUACUGUCUCAAACUAGAAACAGAAUUUCACUAAACAAAAUGGCAAGUGCAAAUACAGAAAUUUGGGUGGGCCAAUAUGACCUGAAAUAUCCUCUUCUAGCAUGUAUCUGCACUAAAUGCUUGCACACUUCUGAGAGGGUGUUUAAUUGGGCCUGUUAGCACCUUUUACCUUACCUUUUUGCUGAUGUGAAUUAAAUAAAACAGUAAUUAUUGUAAUGCAUCAGCCCCAAUUAUGAAUGUUCAGCUCCCUAGUUAAUGCCUCAAAUCAUGACUUCUAAAUGUUCAUGAAAGCCAUUAUAUCAUAUGUUUGACUGGCCAAUUCAUACACUCUUUUGAAAAGGACUGUGUGCUGGAAUCUUUAAUUUGUUAAUGGUAUGUUUGCUUUACACUUUCUCUGCUGUAGAUAUGAUUUUUUGGUAAAUAGCAACAAUAUAUGUGAUCUUUAUUAAAUGUACAUAACUAAAAUGAUCAUGCAAAAUCUGACUUAAUUUGUCAUCCUUAUAAUAAUUGAGUAAUGCUAAUUCAUGACUUAUCAUCACAGAAAGGCCACUGGCUGCCAUAUGAUAAACUAACCAGCAUUAAACCUUAAAUCAUUUUAGUCAAGUUAACUCAAAUUUUGUGAAAUACUAAAGGGGAUAAUUUUAAAGAAUAAUUGUACAAAAAUUUAUGUUUUUAUAAAAUGUAUGGUUUAUUCAUAUUCAAAUACAAGUAAUCAAGAAAUCUAAUGUAAAAAAUAUAUUGUAUGAAUAUAGGCUCUCAUAGAGAUCAACAAAUAGAUGUACAUUUGCUGUAAAAGUAUUAACACUAUGAUGUUAUUACAUGUUAAUGCCCCAAAAAAGGGACUGUUUAACAUAAAGGUUUACCAAAAGUCAGUCAACAUGUUUUCUCGUACAGCAUUUGAUUAAAGUCUGCAAGCUGUACUUGCUAUUUACCACACCUUCCAAUGUUAGGUCUCACCGGUGCAAUUAUUCAACAACAGGCUACUUUUUCUUGAGCUUCUUCAUGAACGUUACUUCAUCUCUGUUCCUGACUCCGUAGCUAAAGAAAGAAAUGCAGACAAAAGACAAUUAUGAUCAUAGUCAAAAGUUUGACAUUUGAGAGUAUCAGAUAACUUCUACACUUACUCUUUUAGUCUUGUGUUGUCAUCUUCCAUCUUUUCCCCUUGGAAUACUAAAGCAUAAGUCCUCCAGACAUAUCUCCUGUAAAAUAAGAUAAAAACAAUGUCAGUCACUUCGGAAUGGCAACAUAUCAAUUAAAAAACACAAUUACCCUUGUUGGCUAUUUGUUAUUGGAUGGAGUGCAUACCAGCUAACGUAUUUCACCCCUCCCUCACGCUGCU